CCCUCCUCUUCUCUUUCUCUUUCUCUCACACUGUUUUCUUCUUCGUGGGAACUCCGCCCAAUAGCUAUACAAGGGUUUAGGGUUCUCUUCAUCCUCUUCGUCUUCGCUUCGCCUUCGCCUAGGUUGGGAGUUCCUCUGAGGCUGGUCCAAGGACGGGAAGUCCCUCCUCCGCUUUCUCCUCCUUGUGCUAGAUGCAACUUGUAGGGCAUUGUUGAAGAAAUGGAGCCAGAUCUUUCAUCUCCAGUUGUCUUGGAUGCAUCCAUUCGCAGAAUCAAGUUCAGCCUAGCUACUGCUGGAGAAAUUCAUCAAUACUCGAUAAAUGAUAGUCCAGUUUCUCAUCCGAGUCAACUUACAAAUCCUUUCCUUGGUUUGCCUCUGGAAUCUGGCAAAUGUGAAUCUUGUGGGACUGCUGAACAUGGCCAGUGUGAAGGUCAUUUUGGGUAUAUACCAUUGAUUACACCUAUAUAUCAUCCUUGCCACAUCACUGAAUUGAGAAAUAUACUAAGCUUGAUAUGUUUGAAGUGCAUGAGAGUGAAGAAAGGAAAGGUCAAAAAUAGCACUGGAAAAGAAAAAAUCUCUAAUACAUCAUGCUUCUAUUGUCGGGAUAUUCCACCAAUAUCAAUUACAGAAGUGAAGACAACAGAUGGUGCUUUUUGCUUGGAACUAAAAGUGCGAUCCAAAUCAAGGCUGCGAGAAGGCUUUUGGCAUUUCUUGGACAAAUUUGGUUUUCGGUACGGUGAUACCUUCUGUCGCCCAUUGCUUCCGUAUGAGGCUCUUAAAAUUUUGAAAGAGGUCCCAGAAGAAACCAGAAAAAGGUUGGCUGGAAAGGGUUUCUUUCCACAGGAGGGAUUCAUUCUUCAAUAUUUGCCUGUACCACCUAAUUGUCUGUAUGUGCCAGAAAUUUCUGAUGGGAAGAGCAUUAUGUCUUCAGACAUAUCCAUCCCCCUGCUUAAAAGAGUUCUUAACAAGAACGAACUCAUCAAGAGGUCAAGGUCUGGGGUCCCCAAUUUUGAGUCCCAUGAAGUUGAGUCCAAUGAUUUGCAGUCAUCAAUUGCACAAUAUAUGCAUCUUAGGGGUACCACCAAGGCACCGCAAAUCACUCAGAAUAAAUUUUCUGUUGGUUCUGAUCCUGAGUGCUCUGGAAAAAGAUGGCUUGAGAAGAUGAAAACACUGUUUAUAAGUAAGGGAUCAGGUUUUUCAUCUAGAAGUGUUAUUUGUGGUGAUCCAUAUAUAGCAGUUGGAGAAAUUGGUUUGCCAAUCGAAGUAGCCAAGAAGAUCACCUUUGAAGAAAGAGUCAACAAGUAUAAUAUAACACGUUUACAGCAAAUAGUUGAUAAUAGACUCUGCGUCACUUAUAGAGAUGGUUUAUCAACGUAUGCAAUUUCUGUGGGAUCAAAAGGGCAUACCAGUUUGAAGGUUGGCCAGAUUAUCAACCGUAGGAUCAUGGAUGGUGACAUUGUCUUUAUUAACAGACCUCCAAGCACUCAUAAGCAUUCGCUUCAAGCUUUUUCUGUUUUCAUACAUGAGGAUAAUACAGUAAAGAUCAAUCCGCUUGUUUGUGCUCCAUUCGGGGCAGAUUUUGAUGGUGAUUGUAUCCACAUAUUUUACCCUCAAUCUCUGGCUGCAAAAGCCGAAGUACAGGAGCUUUUUAGUGUGGAUAAACAGUUGUUGAGUUCACAUAGUGGUAAUCUGAACCUACCUCUAAUUCAGGAUUCAUUGUUAAGCUUGAAAUUGAUGUUUAAUAGAAUUUAUUUGAGAAAAUCCACUGCACAACAAUUAGCGAUGUUUGUUUCUUCAGUGCUUCCACCCCCUUCAUUACUUAAAGCUCAUAAUAAUGGUCCAUUUUGGACUGUUACUCAAAUACUGCAAUGUGCAUUGCCUUCUUGUUUUGACUCUUCUGGAAUGAGGCAUCUUAUCCGCAACAGUGAAAUUUUGGAAUUUGACUUUGAUAAAGAUUUACUGCAGACGGUGUUAGAAAGUAUCUUAAUAUCAAUUGUUGAUAAGAGUCCAAAGGAUGCUCUUUGUUUUCUAAAUCAUAUACAGCCCUUACUGAUGGAAACAUUGUCCUUGGAAGGGUAUUCUCUUGAUCUGAGGGAUUUUGAUGUUCCAAUGGAUGUGGUUAAAGAUCUUGAAAAGAGAGCUCAAGAAAUAUCCAAAGUGUUAGAUCAACUGAGGUGGACUUAUAAUGAGCUGGUGGACAAGCAAGUAGAAGAUCAUAUAAAAAUCAUUAAACUGCCAAUUGUCAACUUCAUUGGUAAAUCGUCUGCUUUAGGCCAAUUAGUUGACUCAAAAAGUGACUCUUCUAUCCAGAAAGUUGUUGAGCAGAUUGGUCUUUUAGGCGUCCAAAUUUCUGAUCGAGGGAAGCUGUACUCCAAGGGUUUGGUGGAAGACCUUUUUGUCCAUUUUGUGAAUAAAUACUCUGCUGAUAAAGCAGAUCAUCCUUCUGAAGCUUAUGGAUUAAUCAAAAGCUCAUUCUUUCGAGGUUUAAAUCCUUUUGAGGAGCUGGUCCAUUCUAUUGCUUCGAGAGAGGUUAUCGUUCGUUCAUCUCGGGGGCUAACUGAACCUGGAACGUUGUUUAAGAAUUUGAUGGCCAUUCUUCGUGAUGUAAUUGUCUGCUAUGAUGGAACUGUUCGUAAUAUCUGCAGUAAUUCUAUUGUCCAGUUUGACUAUGGAUUGAGUGAAGAGUUUUCAACCAUCUCACCUGCUGGUGAACCUGUUGGGGUCUUAGCUGCAACGGCAAUAUCCAAUCCAGCUUAUAAAGCGGUACUGGAUUCUUCUCGUAGCACGAACUCUUCGUGGGAAUUGAUGAAGGAGAUACUUUUAUGCAAAGCCAGUUUUAAGAAUGGAACCAUCGAUAGGCGGGUAAUCUUAUAUUUAAAUGACUGCCGCUGUGGGAAGAAAUUCUGCAAGGAAAAUGCGGCAUUUUCUGUGCAGAGUACUUUAAAAAGAGUAGCUUUGAAGGAUUGUGCAAUUGAAUUUUUAAUUGAAUAUCAGAAGCAUAUUGUUUUAGAUAACAACCCGGAACCAGUUUCAGGUCUUGUUGGCCAUAUUCAUCUUGAUCAGACACGGUUAAAUGUGCUUAGCCAAAGUCUCGAUGUGAUUCUUCGGAAGUGUCAGGAUGUUGUUUUUAGCUAUGCUAAGAAGAAAGGCCACCUUUCUCAUUAUUUCAGGAAAAUUUCCUUGUCAUCAAGUGAAUGUUGCAGUUUCCAGCAUACAAAUCAUGAGAACUUUUCUGAGUUCCCAUGUCUGCAGUUCUCCUACUGUGAUCCAAACCCAAACAGCUUACCCCUUGAAAAAGCAAUACAUGUUUUGGCCGAAGCCAUAUGUCCUAUUCUAUUGGAUACAAUCAUUAAAGGUGAUCCUCGAGUUCAUGUCGCUAACAUUGUCUGGAUUGGGCAUGACACAUAUUCAUGGGUCAAAAAUUCGAGGUCUACUUUAAAAGGUGAAUUGGCCAUAGAAGUAGUCAUUGAGCAAGAUGCUGCUCGGCGAAAUGGAGAUGCCUGGAGGAUUGUUUUAGAUGCUUGCUUGCCUGUAAUGCAUCUCAUAGACACUAGUCGUUCUAUACCGUAUGGCAUCCAACAAAUUGAAGAACUUCUUGGCAUAUCUUGUGCUUUUGACCAAUCAGUUCGGCGGCUAUCAACAUCAAUUAGGAUGGUUGCGAAAGGAGUGUUUAAAGAGCAUUUGAUUCUUGUUGCAAAUAACAUGACAUGCACAGGAAGUCUUAUUGGUUUCAGUACAGGUGGCUUUAAGGCACUAUUUCGCUCUUUGAAAGUGCAAGCCCCUUUUACUGAAGCCACAUUAUAUACCCCAAUGAAAUGUUUUGAAAGAGCAUCUGAGAAGCUUCACACUGACACACUCUCUAGCAUAGUGUCCUCAUGUUCAUGGGGUAGGCAUGUGGCACUUGGUACUGGUGCUUCUUUUGAUAUUAUAUGGGACAAACAUCAGGUGGUGGCUGACCGUGACUGUGGAGAGAAUGUUUAUGAUUUUCUGGAAAUGGUGAGGACAACUACUUGUGAGGAGGUUGGUGGCACAUUUUUUGGUGUGGAGGUUGACAACCUUGCUGAUCAAGAUGAAGGGGAUGAAUGUUUAUCUCCAGAGCCUGAUGGUGCCCUUGCACAACCUACCUUUGAUGACAUUUCAGAAUUGGAUCUAAACAAUGAAAGAGCUAGUAAAUCAAGCUGGGAUAAUGCUUCUGGUUCACUCUCUUGGGAUAAUUUAGGAGCCCAAAAACACACACAGAUUUCCAAUGAAUCUGAUGCUUGGGGAACUUGGCAAUCAAAAGAUGAUGGCAGGGCCUCAGCCAAAGAACCUGCAAAUGAAGCCUGGGUUUCCACCAAACAAUCACACUGGAUGCUGUGCAAGAUGGUUGUGGCUCAGUCAAAGAAUCCAUAUGGGAUGGUUCACAAGAUGGCCAUGGCCCAGCUAAAGAAUCUGCAGAGGAUGGCUGGGGUUCAACUAGAAAAAUCUGCACAAAAUAGCUGGGGCUCAGGCAAGGAAACCGCACAAGAUGGCUGGGGCUCAACUAAAAUAUCUGCAAUAGAUGACCGGGGCUCAGCCAAACAACCUGCUCAAGAUGGCAUUGGCUCAGCCGCAAAAUCUUCUCAAGAUGAUUGGGGUUCAGCCAAGAAACCUGUUCAAAAUGAGUGGGGUUCAGCCACAAAACCUCCUCAAGACAACUGGGGCUCCUCUAAAAAGCCCGCCCAAAAUGAUUGGGGCUCCUCCAAAAAGCCCGCCCAAAAUGACUGGGGCUCAUUAAAAAAACCUGCCCAAGACAACUGGGGUUCAAUGAAAAAAUCCGCCCAAAAGGAAUGGGGCUCAGUGAAAGAAUCCUCUCAAGAUGAAUGGGGCUCAAUUAAAAAACCCGCCCAAGAUGAAGGGGGCUCGUUUAAAAAAUCUGCUCAAGAUGACUGGGGUUCAGCAGAAAAUUCUUCUCAAGGUGAUUGGGGCUCAGCAAAAGACACUACUCAAGAUGAUUGGGGCUCAGUGAGAGUCUCCAGCAAAAAGCCUGCCCAAGGUAACUGGGACUCGGCCAAAAAACCUGCUCAAGAUGAUUUGGGCUCAGCCAAAGAACCUUCUGUUUACUCAUCACCUUCACAGGAUGGGUGGGUCACUGACAAAAAACCUGCCCAAGGUGACUGGGGUGCAGGGAAAAAUCCUGCUCAAGAUGACUGGGGCUCCGCAAAAGAGCCUUUAAAGGAUGGCUGGGUCACUGACAAAAAACCUGCCCAAGGUGACUGGGGCGCAGGGAAAAAUCCUGCUCAAGAUGACUGGGGCUCCGCAAAACAGCCUUCAAAGGAUGGCUGGGUCACUGAAAAAAAACCUGCCCAAGGUGACUGGGGCGCAGGGAAAAAUCCUGCUCAAGAUGACUGGGGCUCCGCAAAAGAACCUUCAAAGGAUGGCUGGGCGUCAGGUAAAGUACCUGCAAUGGAUAAUGCGCAAGAUGGAUGGGCCUCAGCCAAAGAAUCUGCACAAGAUGGCUGGGGUUCAGCUGGACAAAAUGGGCGGGGCUCACGAGCAAAAGUUGGUUGGGGUUCUUCGAAUGCCACUGAGCCUAAAAACCAAAAGAACCAUUCUACCAGGUUUGAUGAUCGAAAAGGUUGGAAUGCAAACAGGAGCUUCAAUUCCGCUGGGCGGCGACCUGAUUUUUUCACAUGUGAAGAGGAAAAGAUUCUUGUUGAGGUUGAGCCAACUAUGCAGAGGAUUCGAAAAAUUCUGCAUGACUCCAGUGAUGGUGGUCGACUUUCUGCUGAUGAUCAGAAAUUUGUUGUAGAGAAUGUUUUUGAGCACCACCCUGAGAAACAUGCUAAAGUUACUGAUGAAAUUGACUACAUGAUGGUUGAUAAGCACAAGAACUUUCAAGAUUCCAGGUGCUUAUAUGUAGUCUCUUCCGAUGGCUCCAGUACGGAUUUCUCCUACCUCAAGUGCAUGGAGAACUAUGUGAAGAUUCAGUUCCCAGAACAUGCUGAGUCCUUCAACAGAAAAUAUUUUAAAAGACGUCGUACUGAGCCUACAAAUCAGAGUGGACAGCAACAACAGCAGCAAUAGCAAGAACAGAGCAUUACUACCCCUUUUGGCAAUUGUACAUCAAUUUGUAUAUAGUUCCUUUCAUUUGCCAAAUGUGAUGUCUGGUUUGUAUGCUCAGUUGAAAAAAAUCGUCUGCAUGCCACCCUUUGCUUAAAUUUUGGUGGCCUGCUAUGUUGAUUUGCACCUUCUAUUUUGCUGAUGGCUGUCUUGGGAUGUAAUUUUCUUUUCUUUUUCUCCAUGAAAACAUGUUUGUUGCCCCUUGCCAUCACAAAAUGGUGGGUUAGAAUCCUAAUUUUAGGUUUAAAUGAUCUUCAGUUAUGUCUCAAUCACUCUUUUGUACCUAAUUGAUUGUGUUAUGCAUGCAUGGCUUAGUCAAGAGUUAAAACA